ACACCACAAUGCCACAUAGGCUAUUGUGAAUGGAGCCCAGUGGAAGAAAGGGCUCCUUAGCUACAGGAGCUAGCACCUACUGGUCUAGCACCUCCCUGAACAGAUCUCAUUGAGUUGGAGUUGGAGCCUGUCUUGUUUUAGACUGAGGGGAGGAGCAAGACGGAGACUAUUGGGUCACAUCCUCUAAAUUAGACCUCAAUGAGAACCUUAAGGUGAUGCCAGGUCUUCGAAGAAUUUCAGAUUGAGGCUGUGAAUGCUGCAGUGGUCAAUGCUAUCCGAAUGGCUAGGCCAACAAGAAGGAAGAAUUCCCUGGAGCCAUGGAUGAUUGCCUUGAUUGUCCUAGCAGUGUUGGCGGUCUUAGCCAUUAUCAUCGGACUGAUUGUGUAUUUUUUGGUGUAUGACCAAAGACUGUUCUUUUACAAUGCUUCGUUUAGAAUUAAUAAUGUGCCAUACAAUCGUGGCUUUGAAAAGCAGACCUCAGAGGAAUUUAGAGAUCUGAGUGCAAGCAUUGAGAAUAUGAUUAAUCAGGCAUUUCAAGCUACUCAUUUAAAGAAAAGAUUCAUCAGAUCACAUGUCAUAAGUCUAAGGCCAGACAAUGGUGUCGUCUUUGCAGAAGUGGUGUUGGUGCUUAGAUUCAUCUCCUCAGAUAAUAAACAGGCACGCUUGUCAACUGUCAACACUGUUUUGUUAAGGAGGCUGAGAUCAUCAACAUGGCCCUUGAAUAUUGAUCUUUCAUCUUACAGUCUCACAGAAAUUAAUUCACAAGAUGGUGAAAAUCUUCUCAACAAUUGUUGUGGAACACGAAUGGACAAAACUGAGAGGGUCAUUGGAGGAAGCAUCGCAGGAGAGGGAGAAUGGCCGUGGCAAGCUAGCCUUCAGCUGAAUGGUAUCCAUCGCUGUGGGGCAACAAUAAUCAGCAACGAAUGGCUUGUAUCUGCAGCUCACUGCUUUAGAGGAGUCUCAGAUACCAAGAGUUGGACAAGUACUUUUGGAGCACGUAUAAGAACUCCAGCAAUGAUAAGGGAUCUUCAACAGAUAAUUAUUCAUGAACAUUAUGCCAACAGUGUAAUAAAUCAUGAAUAUGAUAUUGCUGUUAUAAAGGUCUCAUCCCCUUUACCCUUUACAUCGGCCGUGCAUCGUGUUUGUCUUCCAGAAGCUACGCAAAAAUUUCCAGAAAACACAACUUGCUAUGUCACAGGAUAUGGUGCACUAGUAGAUGAUGGUCCCAGUGUUGGUGAACUUCGUCAAACAGAAGUGAAAAUUAUAAGUAAUGACAGAUGCAAUAGAAGGGAAGUAUACAAUAGAGCCAUUUCACCUGGCAUGCUGUGUGCUGGAUACCUGGAAGGAGGGAGUGAUGCUUGCCAGGGUGAUUCUGGUGGCCCACUAGUUACAUCUGAUUCCAGAGGAAUAUGGUACCUUGUUGGCAUAGUGAGCUGGGGUGCUGAAUGCGCAAGGCCAAACAAGCCUGGAGUUUAUACACGUGUGACUUACUAUCGCAACUGGAUUUUUGAAAGGACUGGGGUCUGAAGUUACCAGAACGAUGAACUUCACAGGCAAUGUAUAUGCCUGAGAGCCAAGAUAUUUUGACUAUUCAUAGAUACGUUUUCAUUCACAUCAUUAUGUUGCUUUGAUCAGUUCUGGUUCUAACGAAGGCAUUGGGAUUGGAGGUGUUUCUUGCCAAAUCAAGUCAUGUCCUACCACUCUCAUUGUUUUACAUUUCUGUUACGUACUAUGAGAGAAAUAGGUAAAGAACUACAGUUACAGUCAGCAAAAACCUUUUGAUUUCUUUUAGUUUCUAAUUCUUAAAUCACUGUACUGUUGAGGCCCUGUUCAAAAGAUAUGGACCUCUGGUUAUCAUUGCUGCUUUGAUAAUGUGUUCAAAGUUAUUUUGAAGUGCACUGCUUAAAGGGGAAUUCUUGUACAUUCCUUUUCAGGGACAGAAAAUACUCUGAUUUAUUACCUCUCUCUUUUAAGAUUAAAUCUUGAAGUUUCACACAUGACCCCAGUACUUCUGGAGUAGGAUGAACAAAGAGCCAUCGAUGGUCCAUGGUGUGGUGUGUCUGGGAGUUUCAAUGGCUGACCUGGCUAUGCAAUUAUGUGACUAGUGCUACUCCUUAUUGCUCUUAUUUAUCUUCUGGUCUCUGGCAAAUGCAUUUUGGUGCAUCUUUUCCUAAAAGGUGUAUUCUGUGUCCAACUCUUCAGUGAACUGGAUAGGAUGCAGAAAGGAUCCUCUUCAUUACCUGAGAAUAAAAUUGUGUUCUUUCCAGUAAAAAGACAGAGACUGGGUUUACCUUCUAGGAACUUGGACAAUUAGGAACAAAGAGAUCUUCUUCCAGAACAAAGAGAUCUUCUCUUAUCUAGAAGAUUUCUCCCUAUUCGGCUCACAGACCCACCUGGUGCAAGGACAACCAUCCCACAGCCACUUAAUGGAAUUGAGUUGAGUGCGAGAACCUCCCAGUGCCUUUGUAAACUUUGGUGAAAAGAAGAAGUCAUCACAUCUCUUGAUCACUGCAGUGAUAAAGUUAUAUUCCACCUGCGCUGGUGUUGGAUCUCACCUAACUUUUCCACAUUUGAUGUGUAACUUGUUUUGCUUUGUAUCUGACUUGCAUAUAUAACUAAAUACUUUAUUUUCAGGUUUUAUCAUGAAAGUUCUUCUACUGUAAAACUUUGGUG